AUGAAGAUUUUCGGAUGCUGUCUUCUUUUGGACCUUGUUCACGCCAGCUUGAAUUUUCAUCGGAAACCGGGAUUAGUCGCUGAAGGAGCUAACUUUACGCUUGAUGGAAAACUUAGAAAAUCCAAGUACAGGAUCUUAUCUGGAUCGCUUCAUUAUUUCCGCGUCCCAAAAGAGUAUUGGCGGGAUCGACUUGAGAAACUGAAAGGUGCUGGCUUGAAUACUGUACAAACGUACAUUGCAUGGAAUCUCCACGAGCCCAGAGAAGGCGAAUACAUAUUUGAAGAUGAACUUGACAUCUCAGAGUUCCUGUCGAUUGCGAAAGACGUUGGGUUGUAUGUUAUUAUGCGACCGGGGCCGUACAUUUGCGCUGAAUGGGAAUGGGGUGGCUUUCCAGCCUGGCUUCUGACAAAAGAAAAUAUGAUAGUGAGACAAACCAAAAGCCAAGCCUACCUAACUGCAGUGGAAAAUUGGUUCGCAGUGCUCUUCAGCCAACUUCGAGAUCAUCAGUGGUCACGAAACGGGCCAAUAAUUUCGAUUCAAGUAGAAAAUGAAUAUGCUAGCUAUAAUAAAGACCCUGAAUAUCUUCCAUGGGUAAAGAAUUUAUUACUGGAUGUAGGGGCAACAGAACUUCUUUUUACUUCAGAUGGACCGUAUCAAAUGUCAAGACCCGGUGCACACCUACUUCCUGACACCUUCCUCACAGCAAACUUUCAGUCUGUAGGAGACGCGUUUCAAGUCCUCGAAAAACUCCAGCCGAAUCGACCCAAAAUGGUCUCUGAAUUCUGGGCAGGCUGGUUUGAUCAUUGGGGACAACAAGGACACUCCACACUGGCUCCGGCGACGUUUAACAAAACAAUGCGCGAAAUUCUUAAUGCCGGAAGUUCUGUUAACCAGUAUAUGUUCCACGGAGGCACUUCUUUUGGAUGGAUGGCUGGGUCGAACUGGCUUUCAAAGAAACAACGAGGGACGAGUGAUACGACUAGUUAUGAUUACGAUGCUCCGUUGAGCGAAAGCGGCGAUAUUACUGAAAAAUGGAACAUUACCCGAGAAAUAAUCAAGGAAUAUUUCCCCAGUUAUGUCAACGAUUCUUUCGUAUUCAAACGGCCAGAGAUCAAAAAAUAUGACAACGUUUCUGCUGGUUUCAUGGCGGAUAUCUGGAAUUUUCUGUCUCACAAUGAGGAGAUCCUGCGCGAUCUUGAAUACGAGCAGCCGGCAGCAUCUCAAGUCUCGUCGAUGGAGUUUUUCAACGGGCAAUAUAGUUUGCCGUACGGUUACGCAAUUUACCAAACGCUUGUCAAUUGUGAUCGCGAAAACGACAUGAGCAUUUACAAUAUACAGUCGGCGCUGAGUCCAAACAUGACGCGUGUGACUAUCUUCGUCGACAAGUUUAAUAUUUCCACCAUCAAUCUCCUUGACGAUAUCAUCCCCGACGAGAUCAAGUUCGACUGUCAAAACGGAGAGCAGAAGCAAAUCAGCUUUCUUGCUGAAAACGCUGGCCGGGUGAAUUUUGGUCAACUUGAUGGCAAUUUUGCUGGACUAACUGAUACUCCGAAAUUUACUACGUAUUUUCCACUGUCGCAUACUUGGACGCAAACAUCUUUACCUCUUAAUGCACAGCAAAUUAGAAUGGUCAAGGCUCAAGAUGACGAAAACGCAAGUCUCCCAGGAUUCUUCGAAGCGAUUCUUUAUAUAAAUGAAACUCAAUCAGGGUUUGACUUUCCACACGACACGUACAUUGAUUUCGGCAAAUCUGGUUGGGGCAAAGGCGCUGUCUUUAUAAAUGGAAGAAAUCUCGGAAGAUAUUGGCCAUCUGCUGGUCCUCAGCAAACUCUAUAUUUGCCUGGUCCGUGGCUGAAGCCGUUUUUGCAUAUCAAGUUGACCAACAAGGUCAGCAAGGUGGUCAGCGAGGCCAACAAAUCGAACAGAGAGGACAAGAAGGUGGUCAGCAGCCUCAACACUCUCAACAACCUCCACAACAUUCCCAGCAGCCCCCACAGCAUUCUCUACAACGCCCACAGCUUCAUCACCAGCCUCGGCAACAAGAAAAUCGUCAUUAUCAUCACCACCAUCAACACCAACAAGGACAACCUGGUCAAUACGGUCAUCAAGGAGGCCAAGGAGGUCAACAUGGUCCAAAUCAGCAGCAACACCACAGACAUCAACACGAUCAUCAAAAUGAACAACAGCGACAGAAGCAACAGUGGAACCAACAUGGGCAACCUGGUCAACAUGGUCAUCAAGGUGGCCAAGGAGGCCAAAGAGGACGACAUGGUAAUAAUCAUCAGCAGCAGCAAAAACAUCAACAUGAUCGCCAAAACGAUCACCAGCGACAUCAGCAGAACUCACAAAGACCCCAGCAACAGAAUCAACAGCCACAACAAAAUCACGGAGGAAAAUGAUUUUUGUCAGGUCAAUUUUAUCAAAAACUUGUUCUUGCAUCUGAAUAACACAACUUUUGUGUUGGAGACAACAACGACUUUUCUUCUCUAUUUUAUUACAGGACAUAAAAAUUUCAGCGAAAACAGCGAAUAA